AGGCAUCAUUACGGGCUACUAAACUGUGUGUCUGGGUCCUAAUAGACGAACUGACAUUUUCAACAUGGCCACUUCCAUUACUGGGUUUUUAAAACCUUGGACGCCCAGGGUGUUGGCGAUGCGAUGGAGCAGAUACAAUCCAUACUACCUGGAGCCAGAGGUGAGGAAGGAGGCCUAUGACAAACCAGAGACAGAACUCACCGAAGAGGAGAAGGAAGAGCAGGCACUGAAGACUCUCAGGCCCAUCAAGGCAGCUGCAAACAGCGUCACCAGCUCUGUUUUCCACGAUCCUGUCAUCAGUAAGUUCAUCAACAUGAUGAUGAAGCAUGGAAACAAAGUUUUGGCAAGGGAGAUCAUGACAGAGACAUUGGAACAAAUUAAAAGGAAACAGGUGGAGAAGUACCACAAAGCUCCAGAGGGAAAGAGAGAAGAGAUUGAGUGCAACCCUUAUGCCAUCUUCCAUCAAGCGUUAGACAACUGUAAGCCUGUUGUUGGUCUUUCCAACAUCCAGAAAGGUGGAAAAUAUUACCAGGUGCCAGUUCCGCUAACUGAGAACAGGCGACGCUUCCUUGCCAUGAAAUGGAUGAUCACAGAGUGUCGGGAGAACAAGCACCGGCGCACACACAUGUACGAAAAACUCUCCCAGGAGCUGAUGGCGGCCUCUGUGAAGGAAGGAAAUGUCUUCAAGAAGAAGAUUGAACUGCAUAAGAUGGCCGAAGCCAACAGAGCGUACGCGCAUUACCGUUGGUGGUAGAAGUGCACUGGACUGGGGGGGGGGGGUCGUCGUCUUCUUCUUGACAUUGAAUGGUGUCAUGUAAAUAAUGGACUGGAGGGCUGAAGAAUUUGGAGCGACAGGGAUGGCUCAAGACAUCAGAAUUGUGACGUCGGAAUUCAUUUGACUCGUGUUUGUGUGAGUAGUGGAGGAGCUUCUUUUACAGGUAUAACAAUACAUAAAUGACAUUUUAUACAAUAUACAAAUUAGUUGAUGCGGCUGAAUAAAAGGGCACAAGUCAGGCUGUAUUUUUAUUUCAAUCUAAAAUGUAUUGGAACAAAUACAAAAUAGCAUUCACAAACCAGUCUGCCAAAAUAAAACCACAACGUUCACACACCUUGUAAACCUUGCAUGCGGAACUGCAAUGCAAAUCUUUAGAAAGAAAAUAUUUCUCAAAACUUCACCCGAUAUUCCUACUUC